AGCUUGUGACGCCAAAACCAAGCGAGCCUCAAAGCGGAGGAAGAAGCUACGGAAACGGUGCCUUUGGUACGGACUCACUGUCACCUGAAUUGAUCCAAUUGCCAAUCGUGAAACUCGCAACCCAACGAUUCGACAAAAGAGAAUCCUGCACUUAGCUCGUCGUCCCCUCACACAAUGCGUUGACCCCCAAUCGGCUCAAGCCACCAGCACACCCAGCAAUGCCCGGUCCGAGAGCUUCGCUGCCGAGCCUCAGCGCCGUCGACAAUGUGUGCUGGCGGUGUUGCAGCAGCAGCAGCGGCCGGCCGGUGCCCGGGCAGAGAUUGAGAGGGUUCGCAAUCGCAAACCAGGCCCGGCCCCUGUCGACCUCGCCCGUCCGUCCGCUCCGUUUCGGCGCCACAACAACCGUUAGGGCAGCAGCAUCUCAGUCGCCGAGGCCGAAUGGAGCAUACUUUUUAUCAAAUGUGCUACUGGAGAGGUUCGGUGGCUUCCAGUUCAGCCCUCGAUCUAGAGCCAUAGCCGGCACAUCCGGGUCAAACAUAUCAAAUACAAAGAGAAAUGCCACCGUCGCCGCCGCCGACAUACCGCCCUCUACGUCGACGCCACGCCCGCAAGUCGAUGAAGAGCUCCCUCCCCACCGACGACGACAAGCUGCGCGUCGCACUGCCGAGCAGGCGGCUUCUGCUUCUUCGAAUGCACCCUCAGAGGCUGCACAAACUACCCCAGUAACACCACCGCCUGCUGCGCCGUCAGGCGAGAUCCCUCCGGAUGCAUCCAGUAUCCUCUCCAACGCAGCGGCUGCCCAGCCCGCACAGUCUCUCCGCCGCCGCCUGACGACACUCCUCGCGCUGUCGAAGCCCCGACUCACGAUGCUUGUUGUCCUCUCGGCGAUGGUUCCCUACGCCCUGUACCCGGUGCCGGACUUUUUGACCCCCGGAGUGUCGGCACCGUCCCUCUCGCCCCUGACGCUGCUCUUCCUGACGACCGGAACAACCCUCUGCUCCGCUGCCGCCAACGCGCUCAACAUGAUCUACGAGCCCAAGACGGACGCCCUGAUGAGCAGGACGAGGACGAGGCCGCUGGUCAGGAACCUGGUGACGACGCGCGCCGCCGUCUGCUUCGCCCUCUUUUGCGCGACGACGGGCAUCCUCGCCCUGCAAUUUGGCGUCAACCCGACCGUCGCCUUCCUGGGCGCCGCCAACAUCGUCCUCUACGCGGGCAUCUACACGCCGCUCAAGCGCGUCUCGGCCCUGAACACGUGGGUCGGCGCCGUGGUGGGCGGCAUCCCGCCCCUGAUGGGCUGGGCCGCCGCGGCGGGCGAGUCGGCCGUGGGCGACGGGUCGUGGCGCGAGCUGCUCCUCGCCCCCGACGGCAGCAGCGCCGGCGGCUGGCUGUUCGCCGCGCUGCUCUUCACCUGGCAGUUCCCGCACUUCAUGGCGCUGUCGUGGGGCGUCCGCGACGAGUACCGCGCCGCCGGCCUGCGCAUGCUCGCCUGGACCAACCCGGCCCGCAACGCGCGCGUCGCCCUCCGCUACGGCCUCGUCUUCGUCCCGCUGUGCGUCGGCCUCUGCGCCGUCGGCGUCACCGAGUGGUCCUUUGCCGUCACCUCGCUGCCCGUCAACCUCUGGCUCGCCCGCGAGAGCAUCCGCUUCUGGCAGACGCAGGGCGCCGCCGGCUCCGCCCGCGGUCUCUUUUGGGCCAGCGUCUGGCACCUGCCCGUCGUCAUGGUCCUCGCCCUGCUGCAGAAGAAGGGCAUGUGGGGCCGCGUCUGGAGGAGCGUCUUUGGCGAACCUGACCUCGACGACGACCUUGCCAGCGACGACGGCUGGGAGUACCUCGAUGAGAGUGAGGAGCCCCCGGCUGUGACAACACGGUCGUGAGGGUUCCUAUCUGCUGGAUCGAGAUGCCUUAUUUUGCGUGUACUUGUCCCACGGAGUAACAAGACUCGGAACAAGGAAUGAAUCACACAGUGGCCAUCUAACGAAAGAACAAAACCGCUGGGUGUGUGUGUGUGUGUGUGUGUGUGUGUGUGUGUGUGUGUGUUCGGGGAGAUAGGAGGAAGGAAGCGCAAAGGGGCACACGAGGUGGCGUCUCUUGCAUUGGUUUGCUACACGCAUCCGAUAAAGGUCAUGGUGCCACCAUAUUAUUGGGGUUCAAGAGGCCGAUCUGUGGAUCAGGAGAGAGCUAUUUGCUUUGUUCCCUUGUCACUUUGUUGUAUUUUUUUCAAGCAUAUAGAGUGUAAAAUUGUACAACACAAUAUCCCUCG